AUAGGCGGAUUCAAGAUGAUGCAUCAAGGAUGGCUGAUGCUAACAGUGCCUCCUACCUCAGGUCUUGGGUCAUGGGCGAGUCACAAGGUCGUUGUGAAACAUCCAUUCCACAGAGUGUACCCCCAAGGCAAGCCUGCCUCUAUCACAGAUUUCAAAAUUGGGCGCUUUGCACUAGUUGAUGAGCUGUCUAAGCUGUUCAGAGAAGCAAAUGUCCUAUACUGGGCAAAAGCUCUGUUAGGGCUUGUCUAUGAUUUUAUUGACCAUGCCAUUGCAGCCACAUCUGAUCCUCCACCAUUUGAUAUUCCACGUGUGUGGUUUGUUGAAGCAGGCCUUGCGUUUUCUUACUCUCAAGGCAGCAGCAAGACUACGGGAAUGACACGUGCAGCUUUCCUCCUUGAGGAGGUCAUUGGCGGCGAAGAUUUCACCAAGUUUAUUCAUAAUAUGGAUCCUAACCCACUGCUUGAC